AUGAUUCCGCUUCGCCCUCUGGCGGAUCUGGACGGCCCAUGGUCCAUGCCGUUCGCAAUGAGUAUUCCGUUCAGUCCAGGGCUUAGAGCAGCCGGCGGGUGGACACCCAUGCACGAUAUUCCCGAUGCACUUUUCCUUGCCCUGGAUGAACGUAUCGCGAAAAACGUUCACGGUGGAAAGCAGUCGUUUGUGGGUAAUUCAUACGCUCUUAUCACGCCACUGCCAGAUGUGAAGUGGCAGUAUGGUACAUCGCUCACGGAGGGUUCUCGACGCAUUUUGAGUGUAGUGAUUGUAUCAACAAAUCGUGCGCGGCCACCGAUCUCCUACGUCCCUACAGAUACUCUUCAUUCCGCCUUGUAUAGUCAAUGCCACUAUGUCGGCCCUCUUGAUGAUAAGCUCCCACAUCAUUGCUCCAAGCUCGAAACCUUCGACAUCUUUCUGUUCGAAUGCCCGGGUCCAACGCUCACUCUACUCGCGUGA